AUGGUUAAUAAUAAUAGACGCCCUUCAAAUAAGAGAUCCUUCUCAUCUACUCUGGCAGACUUUUUUAAGAUCCCAAAAUCAAAAAAUAUUUUGGAUAAGGACCAAACUUUCAAUAAAAGAUCAAUUAAUGAUGAUCAAACUAAUCCAGUGAUAUCUAAUCAAGAUGAUUCUUUAAACUACCCAAAUGAUAAUAAUGAUAGACGUAACAAGAGAAUAAAAUUAAGUAAUAAUUUGAACAAUAACGAUCCAAUUAUUUUAUAUAAAGCUACUUCAAACAAUUCAAGUUUAAAUAAAAUUAAUAAUAUUACAAAAGAAAAUCUAAAAUUAAAUCCUAACAGACCUCCAUUACUACCAAUUUUACCUGUUCAAAGAUUAAAAUUGCUACGAGUAAAACAAAUGCUUCGUUCAAUGGAAAACCAACAAAUCUUGAAUAAUUUGACAUCAAUUGAUCCUACUGAUACAAAAAAUAUAGUUGAAGCUCAAAAUUUUUUAAAUCGUGAAAAAAAAAUUUCUCUCAUUUCUCUUCAACAACCAAAUGGCUUAAAUGGCCAAGAUAAGAAAAAAACUGAUAAUACUAAACUAAUAAGUAACAAACAAAAGAGUAUCAGAUGGUCCGGUGAUUUCCAAUAUAAUAUAUCUGAAUUGGAAGAACAGAGUAAAUCAGAGAUAUCUAAUCCACCAGCAUCUAUAAAAUUUGUCGAUGGAAACAAUUUGAAAUCCGUAAAGACAAAUAAUAUAUUAUCUAAAGACACCAUUAAAUCAUCAGAUGGGCCUAUUUUGAAAGAUACUAACUCUAUUCCGUUAUCAACUGACAAUAAAACUUUACUGAAAAACGGUAUUCCACUUAUCAAAUCAUCAACUCCAACAACUACGACAACACCCGUAUCAUCAACUUCAAAUGAGGUGCCUCAAGAAAAAUCCUCCUUAUUUAGUAUUAAUAGUGCUUCAAAAUUGAAGACUGAUACUCAACUAAAAGUUAAUAUUCAACCUACAAUUGGAUUUGAUUUCCUUAAAAAUAAUGACACUCCAUCUAAAAAUGCCAGUUCUCCAUUACAAAAGACCACUUUAACGAACAGUUUUAGUACUAAUAAGAAAAAUUUACCAUCUUCUAAUCUACAAGAGCAAACUAAACAAAAAGUUUUGCGUGAAGAUUUGGAGAAAGAAGAAGAAGAAGAUACUGGGAGGAAAAGGAAACGCUUAUUUUCCAGCGCCCCUUCUGAUUCAUCUUCAGUAACAUCUUCAUUAACUUCAUCAAUGACAAAUAAAUUAGAAAGUAAAACCCCAAUGUUCAAAUUAACAACAUCCACUUCUAAAGAUAAUAAUACAUCAAGUGAUAUCACCAAUAAAUUACCAAAAGAAUCAAAGCCUUCUUUCAGUUUUGGUUUAACGAAGAAUGCUACUCCAUCGAAUGAUGAUUCCGUUCAGACACCUCAGAAAACUUCUUUUACCUUUGAUACGAAAACUAAUAAAGAAUCUACUUCUAUUGCGACUCCAAAACUAUCAUUUAAUUUCGGUUCUUCUCACAACAAAGAAAAAGAUGAUAAAAGCACAACUAACAAAAAACAAUCAUUCUCCUUCGAUAUUAGCAAUAAAAGUGAUAAUACUUCCACCAAACCAUCAUUUUCAUUUGAUACUACCGCAGAAAAAAAGGAAGAUACUACACAAGAAACAACAUCUUUGCCAUUUGGAUUAAAUUCUUCAAAAUCCGAAGAUACCAAAAGCUCUAAACCAUUAUUUUCUUUUGGUGGAUCUAAAGCUAAAACAACAGACGAAAAAUCUACAACAUCUAAACCUAGUUUUUCAUUUGGCGCUACAAAAUCUACAGAUGAGAAAGGAAGCUCCAGUAGAGUUGAACCAACCCCAGCUUUUUCAUUUGGUACUAAAAAAGAUAGUGCACCACAGAUGCCAGCUUUCGAUUUCAGUAAAAAAAAUAAUACUGAAAAUUCUGCUGCGGAACUGGGCGUCUCUUUAGGACCCUCAAAUGAUAUUAAUAGUGAUAAAAAAUCUAACACUAACACCUUACCAUUUUCAUUUAGUUCUAAUCAAAAUAAGACUAACACAUUCUCUACCAAUUUAACGAAUUCAACUAAUGUUUCUUCUACUAAUUCGCUUCAGAAUUUAGCAAAUUCUAAUGUAUCUUUAGAAUCAAAUAUAAAUAAAAAUAAGGAGAAGAAAUCAGUCCCAAGCUUCAAUUUAAAUAUAACUGGAACAAAGCCAAAUGAUAGCACAUCAGAAUCAUUAAAACAAAAGCCUUCAUUCAGUUUCUUGAAGCCUGAUACAAAUACUACGAGUACUAAUACAGAAGGCUUUAAAUUUUCAUUAGGAACAGGAUCAUCGAAUACUGAGCCAAAUAAAAUUAAUUCUUCGAGCUCAACUUCCUUAUUUGGUGCUGGAUCUAAUACUGCACCACCAAAUAACCCGUUAUUAAAUAAUAACGCUACGUCCACUAAACCUGCUUUUAAUUUUGCUGCACCUGCAACUUCCAUCCCAUUAGCUGCCACUAAUUCGACAUCCACAAUCAGCAGUACCAAUGCAUCAACCUCUGCAUUUUCCAAUACCAAUUCAAACAAUAAUAAGGUAGGAUUUUCUUUUAUUAGAAAGCCAGAAUCUACUAACCUACAACCUAUCAAUAACAUUCUAAAUAAUUCUAGUACGAGUUUAAAUACUACUACUGGCCAGCAACCAAACAAUAACAAUUCAGUAUUUGGAUCAACCUUCACUGGAGGCACUAACAGUAACUUUAACUUUAAUAAGAACAGUGUUCCUCCAAGUACUUUUAAUUUUGGCGGUAAUAAUAAUACCAAUCAGCCUGCAACUAAUCCCGCCAAUAUAUUUGGGAAUAAUAACAACAACAACAAUAAUAAUAACAAUACUUCAUUGAUGAACAAUUCUCAGCCAGUAACUUCUUUCCAACCAUCAACAUCGAUGAACCUCAAUUUUGCUGGUAACUCAAGUGCUAAUAACCCAUCUGCUAUAUUUGGAGGGGGUAAUAGUAACAACUCGCAAACCAACCCAGCCAAUGUAUUUGGAUCUACUGCAAAUUCAUUACCAUCUCCUGCCAAUGUGUUUGGCAAUAACAAUAAUACUUUGAAUAUGAAUGGUAUGGGUGGCAUGGGCAGCAUGAAUAAUGGUAUUAACAAUAUGAAUGGAAUGAACAAUGGGAUGAAUAACAUGAAUGGAGUGAACAAUAAUAUGAAUGGUAUGAUGAAUAAUAUGGGUAGCAUGAAUAAUGGUAAUCCAAACAUGGCUCAACUAGCGGUUGCUACUCAUCAAGGUAGACAAUUAGCAAGAAUGAGACAAAGACGUGUUUAA